GCUUUCCUAAAUUACAGCGAGCCAAAUGGAAAGACAGUCUUGGGAAACAAAUAUAAUAUUAUAAUUCAUAAAUAUUCAUUUUCGGUAUUCAUUUAGACAUAAUUAGUUCGUGUAUGCGCCGCUUGGGGUCUCUUUAAAUCACACAAGAACGGAACUUAGCCUUAAGAUGUUGCAGAAGGACUCGAGUAAACAGCGCCGAAAGCUUCAGGCCACCUACUGGUAAAAAUAGACGAAACUGCUUGAUUGUAUUUCAGCGACGGACCGCAGCAUCAGUCCGUCGGUCGGUCAGUCAGUCAGUGAGGCGGUUCUGCUGCUGCUACUGUAAUCCCAUCGUUACAGCGUUGAAGCUCGAGUAACCGACGCGGCUCUGGUCGGGAUGGUGGGCAAAGUUUGACACUACUGCCAAAACAGGACAACGAAGAGGACGUGCCACCCAACCAGCCAACCAGCCAUGUCCAUAACCCGAGAAGUGCUCCUGGUGGGAGAAGGAAACUUCUCCUUCGCAGCAGCGCUGAGCGAGAGCCUGGCGCCCGGGGUCCGAGUUACAGCCACCUGUUUGCAGCCUGAGGCCGAAGCCCUUUCUCGGGAAAACGCCGAGAAGAACAUCCAGCAGCUCCGAGACCGAGGAUCUACUGUGCUGUUUGGGGUGGACUGCACAUGCUUAAAGGGGCAUGAGGUCAUUCAGCAACAUCUUUAUGACUGUAUCAUCUUCAAUUUUCCUCACUGUGGCCGUAAAAGCGGCGUCAAGAAGAACCGUACCCUCCUGGCUAAGUUCUUUCAGAGUUGCGCCGAAGUGCUUAAGGACAAUGGGGAAGUGCACAUGGCUUUGUGCAACGGACAAGGCGGCACUCCAUACGACAACCCCAUGAGAGAGUGGCACAAUAGCUGGCAGGCAGUUGCCAUGGCAGCAGAGGCAGGCCUCAUCCUCAGUGAAAUUCACCCAUUUGAUCGUGACAAAUAUCAAGGUUACAGAUGCACAGGUUACAGGAGUCAAGACAAAGGUUUUCAUGUAGAAGGGGCACUGAACCACAUUUUUACCCGGAGUCUGCCAUACACCAUGCCAGAGAAGCUGAAAAUGGUCACAACAAUUGGAAAGGAGACAGUGAGUUUUGAGGUUCCAGAAGAACUGAGCGAUUAUGUGAACAGGGGUUUUCUUAGCCAACAGUCACACCAUCCUGUAAAAAUUGUGCUGGAGCAGCUGCUUAGAGAGAUUAAAUCCUCAUGGCCUGUGUGCACAGUUAUUGGCAACUUCCCUGAGUUGCUUAACUGCUGCCCAGAGAAACUCCAGUCUUGCGGCUUGAACUUGACCCCUUCUGAUGUCUACUGGAUCAAGCCCAUUGAAACCCACCCUCUUAACCAAUGUGAAGACAGCAUGAAGGACUGUGAUCCGAUGGAGGAUCAACAGAGCUCUGGUGGGAGCUAUGCUUUGCGGCCAUCUCUGUUGCUGCAUGUACAGGAGAUCAUGCAGAAUGAGGACUUUAGCCCUGGAACUCUUCAUGCAUUGAGUGGCUUGGUCUUCCAGAGAGUCCCCAUAUCCCCGAACCAGUACCCUGCUUACCAUCAGCUUCUCCUAGUCGGUGUGUUACCCUCUAAAUCUCAGCCCCUCCAGUGCCUCAAAGACUGCAUGGAAGCUCUACUUUCACCUUACCACGUUUCCUUCAAGGAGGAGCACCUUGGAGAGGAACAUCAAGUGUGGGUGUACUCCCAAGAUGUCCAGAACUUUGGCAGGAUGACAUCUGUCCCUGUCCCAGGAUCCGACUUCCAGGGAUCCCUCCAACUUUGCGUGUUAUUGCUGAACAUAGACCACUUGGCCACCCUGAUCCUCUCUAUCCCUGACUGGAGACUGCUGUGGAGCGCUGACCCCCGCUUCCUUGCACAUUUCGAACCACGGCCUAUUGGUCCCUUCCGGCCCUUUUCGCUGUACCCGCCAAGUUACUCUCAUGACAUCAGUUUCUGGAUGGAACCAGAUAGCUUUGAUGAGCUAGAUUUCCAUGCUGUGGUGCGGGUGGCCACAGGUGGUGCAGUCAAGGAUCUGAAACUGGUGGACCGUUUCCGUCACCCGCACAUGGGUCAUGCCAGUCUGUGCUACCGGCUGGAUUACCAGUCACCCGACCGCGCCCUGUCCCACAGCCAGGUGCUGGGCCUGCAGAACCAGCUUCGCAGACUGUUGCCUCUCCGUUUGCAAGUCACCCUCAGGUAAAAACCCAUGACGAGGUGAUCCAAAAGUAUGUUGUUUACAACUAAAAUUGACAAUGAACAUUACAUAAAAAUCACUGACACUGGCUGCUUUAAACAUGUAAACCACGGAUUCUCAGCUCCCGUGUUGGGAGAUCCAGUGCCCUGCACUGGUUCAAGUAUUCCUUGACCUUGAACACAUCUGAUCCAUCUCACUGACUGCUUUUUCAAGCCCUUUUAACUGUCUCAUGGGGCUAGACGUGAUAUCAUAUCGAUAAAGUCUGAGGACAACCAUGAGAAGUUUUGUGUUAAUUAAGGUUGGACUUAAAAGGGUAGGAACAAAAUGAGUGUGAAGUUUCUAAACCAAUCUCAACUUGUGAAGGUGGAGCACGAAGUAGUCAGCGAGAGUGUGCUCAUCAACAUUGUCUGAUAGACACCGAAACUGUCACUAGCACAUGGAUGCUAUGUAAGUUAGCAUGGCUUAAAAAAAUCCCCCGGAAUGCUCCAAUUAAGCAUGAAGAUGUGAGGCAUGUGUGCAGAGAACACGUUACAUGCUGUAAACAUGAAAAUGACCUCCUGUAUCAGAAAGCCAGAGCCACUAGCUGAUAGCUGAUUGUUUUGCUUGUGGUAUCGAAUGUACUCUGGAUGUUAAAAGAGCACAGACUAGAGGAAUUUGGGAGUGGGUUUAAGACGUAGCAUAUCCUUGCUGAUGACAGAUUUUGCCACAGUCCAGCACCAAAAUUUAAGAAUUUGCCCCCAAAUGAGUAUUCUUAUUUAGAGAUCAUGUCCAGACCUCUGAGACAAGCUUGAAUUAGUUGUAUUGGGGUAUGAAAUAUUUGCAAAUGUGCAGGGCAGUGGGUCUGUGUAAACUGUGUUUUAUAGGAUCCUAGUGGAAUCUCCAGGGGAAGUGAGACUUGAGGACUGUGAAUAUCUAAAAUAAGGAUUCUGACUUUUUAUACGCCCAGUAAUUGUUCUGCUCAAUUAUCUCUAUAACUACAAUGUACUCAGGACUGUAAAGUUGUGGCAUUAUUUCAUUUUUGUGCAACUACCAAAACCUUCAUUGCUGGUCCAUUAAUGCAUGCUAAAGGCUGUCAGUGAACCAAGAGGAACAUUAUCUUUGAAAGUUAUCUCUUUGUGCCCUUUCUGUAAGUUUGCUAAGAGCAAGCUCCUCUACUACUACAAGUUACCAAUACAAGUCAGCAUACUCGAAAUUCAUCAAAACAGCAUUAGAUAACAAACCAGAUUUCUGCUAAGAUUCUGGGUUUGUCUUCUUGCCUCUAGCUGUGUUUCCAUCCAAGUAUUCUUUUUGCAACAAUGAUUCUAAACAAAAAAUGGCUAAAAUAAAAAAAUCACAAUAUUAUACCACAUGCUUAGAGUACAAAAUGUAUGUCCAUUUAAAAAAAGAUGGAAAUAUAUUUACCGAAAAAAAGCAAGUCACGUAAUAUAAUUGUUUAUGAUGAAUGGCCAUUUCCAAAGCCAGGAUAUGGGUGAGUGCAUUAUGCCUUUGUCUUUGUAUAACAAUGGAGAAAUUAGGGCUUUCUCAGUAUCAUUAACUGUUUAACUUGAUUUUAAAAUAUGUCCCUACCCUCUGUUGUAGAAGUGUUUUGACAGACGUAAUCUGAUCGAUGUGAUUGACCUAAAGAGCUGUUGAAAAUGCAUGAACAAUGCAAUAAUUUUGGACAGUUAGAUUUUUUUGAUUAAAGGGGACUUCCACUGUUUUUUUUCCCAACAUUUCUGCUUAAUUAAGUCAGUAAGAUGUAAACAAAGUAAUUCAAGAUGGUUUAGUGUGAAAUGCUCCAUUUGAGUAAAACUUGCCAAAUCAGAAUUGUUCACAGUGGUAUGGAUAGGAACCAGACGUCUGAAGAGUUGUAAUGAUUCUAAAACCUACAUCACACUACGUUUUUACAUAAAACGGUAGUAAGUAGGUUGCCUGAUGUCUGAGACACUGUUUUACGGUAGUGUUGAGAUGCACUUUUAAUGUAAAGCAUAUUUUUAAAAUGCAUUCAUGAAGAUUUUGACUACUUUAUCAUUAUCAACAUUACACAUCUCUGGUUUACAGGUGGCUUUGGAGAGUAAAUAAAAUGGCUCUAUUCGCAUCGUUGACAUUGCGACCUCUGGUUCCUAUCAACACCACUGUAAAGAAAUAUGAGUUGAGAAUUUCUCUAUAGUACAUUGCAUAUCAAACCACUCUGACUGACUGUUUACAUCUCAUCAACUGAAUUAUGCAGACAUUAAAAAAAACCUGAUUGAACUCGCCUUUAUAUUGAAUUGGUUGUUUUAGUGUCUAAUUGGAUAAAAGAAAACGUCUCAAAUGAUAUUAAUAAGUACAAUAAGUGAAGACUUCUACCAAAAACGUAAUGGUUUGAGAAUAAAUGAAUUAAACUAAGUAUUGGAAGAUGUGACUUCUCACUGUGGUCUCACAAAAGAAGCUGCUGGUAGAGCGGUGAACUGACCACCCCAGAGCCCAGACCUCAACAAAAGCGAGUGUAUUUGAGUUUACUUGGAAUGUAAGAAUCAGAAAAUGGAACCAACUUCUGUGACUAAGCUUUGUAGGUGUGGAAAAAUAUCCCAGCAGAUUUCUUUGAAAUUUCAGUAGAAAAACUUGUACGUAAUGGCUGUUUGACUGGCAUUAAAUGAAGGGUGGUCUCUGACUUUUGCACAGUACUGUAUUCUGCUGACAUCACAACCUAUGUAAGCAGCAAAGAGGUAAUAAUCAGGCGAUGCCUAUGCACUGAACCAGAUAAACAUGUACAUAUCUUACUUAAUGUACCUUUAAGCUACUGUAAGUAACUCUUGCUUUUUUUGAAGAGUUUAUCUGGACGCUAAUGAUGCAUGAUCAGGCAUGUUUAUGCUAAUGACUUAUAGACUAUAUUUCAUAUCAGGAAGAGACUUUCAGUAAACAGUAACCAGAAUCUCAUUUCAUAUGAUUUGGUUUCAUUUCUUCAUGUAUACGAAUCCCAUACGUUUACAGUGAAUAUGCUGCUAUAUAAAAUGAUGGAUUUUGCCUUUAGAAUGAUCAUGUAAAAUUAAAUGAAUGUUUUUCAUUUUAAGUGGAUUUUAAUGAUUUUGGUUUUUUGAGAGGGAUUGGUACUGCUUAAGGUUUUGUGCAGCUUUGUGUGCAAACGUUUGAAAUAGUUGCUACUUGGAAAAAAGUACAUUUUCCACGAAUUGCCUGGUUACGCUUGAGCCCAUAAAACGGGACUUCUCUGAAAUCCAGAUUAAACUUUAUCCUUUGUUCCCAAACCA